AUGCGUGUGGAGACGCCGCCGUGGAAGCUCCCUGGCACAACGAAUCCACGCGGGUGGCCAGGGGCUGACAGCACACCGGCACCAGACACAGCCCGCGACGGAGCCGCUCCACGGGCCGGGACCCGCCAGUCACACCCCACAGGGACACAGCCUGCGACGGAGCCGCUCCACGGGCCGGGACCCGCCAGCCACACCCCACAGGGACACAGCCUGCGACGGAGCCGCUCCACGGGCCGGGACCCGCCAGCCACACCCCACAGGGACACAGCCUGCGACGGAGCCGCUCCACGGGCCGGGACCCGCCAGCCACACCCCACAGGGACCCAGCCCGCGACGGAGCCGCUCCACGGGCCGGGACCCGCCAGCCACACCCCACAGGGACAAGGUUCUAGGUGGAAGCGCCCGGGAGGGAAGAGGGGCCUCGCGGUGCCGAGCGGAGUGAUGGGGCCGCAGGCCAGCGGCGUGUCACGCGUGGCGGUGCGUGGGCUAACGGGCUCUGCUGAAGCGCAGCGACACGAGGCCCCACGCCUCCCCCGCUGGCAGGCGCUGCCCGGCUCUGCGCGCUGCAGCCCUUCCUCUGAAGACACGAGUCCCGGCCGUGUACCGUGGCCUCGGCAGCCCACCGCUCCCACGCCCGCAGCCCGACACCCCGAGAGUCCAGGUCCCCCAGCCGUGACCCCUCAGGCUUCCCAGGGAAUGGCCCCUGCCCCGGGGCCGGGAGCUGCUGCGCUGGCCUCGGCCUGUCGGGAUCGCAAAGCUAAUCCAGGGGCACACCGUCUCUUUCACCUCACGUGUGCAAUAGAAGCUAAACAUUUUAAUCUCACGAGCAGCAAGCAGUGUGGUGUUCACAGAGCCCCUGCAGCCAUGGCCGCGCUGCCUCAUCACCCAUCCCGUUUAAAUGACUAUGGUCCUCCUCGCUGGCGUCCUGGGGAUGGCCAAGGCCGGCACUGGGGCCUCCUCCGGGAACGCAGGCGCUUCCUUCGCACACAGAGGAGAGGUCCAAGUGGGGACUGCUCCCUGGAGCAGCCCGAGGUCAACGGCCACUCCGGCCACUCCGGGACUCCUCGCCCACCUCCGUGGCCUGGCAGGUUCCCAGCAGCAGGGCUGCGGGCGCAGGAGACAGGGCUCCGGCUCGCAGGACACGGUGACCCUUGGAAGCCCUCCUCCCGCGGCCCCUUCCGAGGGCGGCUGGCCCCGUCGGGCGGUCCGGGGCACCGGACACAAAGGCCGGGAGGAAACCCCGCGGAAGCCGCGCGGCCCGGGCCACUCCGCGGCCUGCGGGGCGGCGCUCCCGGGCGGCCCGAGCAGCGAGGACGGCGCCCCGGGCUCCCGGUCCAGCCCCGACGGCAGCGGAGGGGAGGAGCCUCCCGCACACCCGAGCACGGCCACCCACACAAAGAGAACGCGCCCGAGUCCCCGCGGUCCGGGCGGGGGCUGCAGGGGCCCGGCCCGGACGCCCGGCUCCGGGGACGCCGACCGGCAGGGGGCCCGCGGGGGCCCGGGGAGCGGAGGGAGCCCCCGGCGGUGGGGCGCCGGGCCCGCCGGGCCGCGCUGCCCUCCCGCUCCGGCCGGCCCGCUCCCGGAGCCUCACACCCGCGGGCGUGGCGGGGACGCGGGACCGCGGCCCGGAGCUCCGCGCCGCCCGCCCGACCCCACCGGCGCCCGACGCGGCCGCCGGGGCGCCGCCGGCCGGCUGGCCGUUGA